AUGCGCGUUUCUGUUCUCCCCCUGUUCACCAGUGCUAUUAUUGCCAGGGCAGGCGCUCCUCAGGCCAGCGACACUUCUUGCAACGUCACGUACCAAGGGAUCGAGCGUAACGGCAUCGAGGUGUUCCUUGGGAUUCCAUACGCACAGGAUACCAGCGGCGAGAAUAGGUUCAAGCCACCGCGUCCUCAAGUCCCGCCUCCUGGCUCUACUGUGGAUGCGACUAAACCUGGAUUCGCCUGUCCGCAGCCGCUGGGCCAAGCCACCUUACCACUGGCACUAGGAAAUAUCACCCACGUAUCGGAGGAUUGCUUGAACUUGAACGUCGCAAGGCCGAAGCAGAUGAAUUUGUACCAGAAAUUACCGGUUAUGGUGUGGAUUCAUGGUGGAGGUUUUUGGUCAGGUGCAAAUACAGAGCCAACCACAGCACCAGACGGAUUGAUCCAUCAGUCAGUCGAGAAUGGCUUGCCGAUCAUUCAUGUUGCCAUAAACUACCGCCUAGCAUUCUUUGGUUUCGCUCAGUCAGACUCGUUAAAGGCUGAAGGCAGCGAAAACGCUGGGCUCCGCGACCAACGCCUUGCCAUUGAAUGGGUCCGCGACAAUAUCGAGCAUUUUGGCGGUGAUCCAGGCAAAAUCACUAUCUUCGGGCAAUCUUCUGGCGGCCUUGCAAUUGGACUGCAGAUUCUUGCCUACGGCGGAACAAAAGCACUUCCCUUCCAGCAAGGCAUCGCUGAGUCCCAAGCACUCGAGCCUGGUAUCACUGGAAACUUCACCAAGGAUGCCAUGACAGCGCUGGUCAAUUACGUUGGUUGCAAUGCUACCUUGGUGGAAUCGCCCGCUACAAUCGAUUGUCUUCGCCAACUGGACACUGGCACGCUGCUCAAUGCGACCAUUGCAACGUUCGCUAGCGACAUUGCCCACAAUGUUGGUGAUAUCUGGCUCCCCGUUGUAGAUGGCGAUUUUCUCCCAGCUCCACCUAGCCAGUUAAUCGCAGAAGGCCGCUUUGGAAAUGCGACUUUCAUGUCAGGCUGGACGCAGGAUGAUCUUAACUACUACACGGAUGCUAGUAUCGCAAGUGCGGACGACACGUACAAGUUCAUGCGCGCAUAUCUCCCAGGAAUGCCGGAAGACUCACUGGAAACAUUAUUGGAUAUGUAUCCUGUAGAGGAAUUUGCGCCGGGCAAGGACUUGUCGUCGGAAUUCUAUCGAGCGGCGCGUAUCUUUAGGGAUAUUCUCAUGGUAUGUCCGUCUAUUCAUCUAGGCGUUGCAGUCCAUCAAAUACACUCAGCUCCCGUCUUUUUCUACAACUUCAACAGCACCAUCCUUGACCCAAUCCUGGCAGCUACUUCCAACAUCUCUGGGCUUGGUGUUGUGCAUACUUCGGAGUUUGCCUAUAUUCUCGACAACCUGGAGAAGUAUAACGUGUCUGGAUAUCCGUUCAAUCCGACAGAAGCAGACUACGAGCUUGCGGUCCGUGCAAGUCGCUCCUGGAGCAAUUUUGCCAAUGAAGCAUCCCCAUCGUCUACAAGAUUUGACGACUCUUGCUCAACGACGCUGCAGGGCUGGGAAGAGGCGUUCGAGCGCCCCGGUGGGCCGUAUUUCAUGACGAUCGGUGGACCUAACGCAGGCUUGAGUGCGCUAGGCGGAGCGAACGCAACGCGUGUAAUACAAAAGCAAAAGUUGGAUGACCGUUGCGCUUUCUUGAAUAGUCCGGACAUCAUCAAUGCUUUGCAGUAUUGA